CGCCGCGCCGCCUCUCCACAAAAGAGCUCAGGCCCGGCCCGGCGCCUUGGAGCGGUCGCGGCCCGGCGGGGCUCUUUGUUCGCCGGUCGGGCAGCCCGGGAGCAGGCGGCGCGGGCGGACAGGCGGGCCGGGGGCGGCCGGCGGGCAUGAAGCGGCGGCGGGGCGCCCUGCCCCGCUCCGCCGUCCUCCAGCGGCGCCCUCCGCAGUGAGUUUCGGCGCGGGCCGGCAGGCAGCCCCCGAGGCGGCGCGGCUCCUCCUCCUCCUCGCCGUCCAUGGCGGAGGCCCCCGGGCGCGGAUGGCGGUGCCCGUCCGCGUAGGCAGCCCCCCGCGCGCGGCCGCGCGGCCCCCGGGCGCCAUGGCGGAGUGGCGACAGUGCGGGCGCUGGCUGAUCGACUGCAAGGUGCUGCCCGCCAACCACCGCGUGGUCUGGCCCUCGGCCGUGGUCUUCGAGCUGGCGCAGGCGCUGCGGGACGGCGUGCUGCUCUGCCAGCUGCUGCACAACCUCUCGCCCGGCUCCGUCGACCUCAAGGACAUCAACUUCCGUCCGCAAAUGUCGCAGUUCCUUUGCCUGAAGAACAUCCGGACGUUCCUCAAAGUCUGUCACGACAAGUUCGGCCUCCGGAACAGUGAACUUUUCGACCCCUUCGACCUCUUUGACGUGCGGGACUUCGGAAAAGUCAUCUCAGCUGUUUCCAGACUUUCUCACCACAGCAUCGCUCAGAACAAGGGCAUCAGGCCCUUCCCUUCAGAGGAGACCACUGACAACGAGGACGAUGUCUACCGCAGUUUGGAAGAACUGGCGGACGAGCAUGAUUUGGGAGAGGACAUUUACGAUUGUGUCCCGUGUGAAGAUGAAGGAGACGACAUCUACGAAGACAUCAUCAAAGUGGAGGUGCAGCAGCCCAUGAUCCGGUAUAUGCAGAAAAUGGGCAUGACGGAAGAUGACAAGAGGAACUGCUGCCUGGUAGAAAUCCAAGAAACCGAAGCCAAGUACUACAAGACCUUGGAGGAGAUAGAGAAGAACUACAUGAAUCCAUUAAGGCUGAUCUUGACUCCACAAGACAUGGAAGCCAUAUUCAUCAACUUGGAGGACCUUAUUAAAGUGCACUUCAACUUUCUCAGAUCCAUUGAUGUCUCCAUGAUGUCUGGCGGAAGCACCUUGGCCAAAGUUUUUCUUGAAUUCAAAGAAAGGCUUCUGAUCUAUGGCGAGUACUGCAGCCGGAUGGAGCACGCCCAGAGCACCCUGAACCAUCUCCUGGCCAACCGAGAGGAUGUCCGGCAAAAAGUUGAGGAAUGUACUCUGAAGGUCCAGGAGGGGAAGUUCAAGCUCCAGGACCUGCUGGUGGUGCCGAUGCAGAGAGUCCUGAAAUAUCACCUUCUGCUCAAAGAGCUGCUCAGUCACUCAUCCGACCGGCCAGAGAAACAGCAGCUGAAGGAAGCAUUGGAGGCCAUGCAGGACUUGGCCAUGUUCAUCAAUGAAGUCAAACGGGACAAAGAAACAUUGAAGAAAAUAAGUGAAUUUCAGAGUUCCAUAGAAAACCUGCCGGUGAAGCUGGAAGAAUACGGGCGGCCAAAGAUUGAUGGGGAACUGAAGGUCCGGUCCAUCAUCAACCACACAAAGCAAGAUCGGUAUUUGUUUUUGUUUGAUAAAGUGGUGAUUGUCUGCAAGAGAAAAGGCUACAGCUACGAGCAAAAGGAUAUCCUUGAGCUGCUCUGUUACAAGAUGACCGAUGAUCCCACCAACAACAAAGAUAUCAAGAAGUCGCAUGGAAAAAUGUGGUCUUAUGGCUUCUACCUCACUCACCUUCAAGGCAAACAGGGAUUCCAGUUUUUCUGCAAGACGGAAGAGAUGAAACGGAAGUGGAUGGAGCAGUUUGAAAUGGCCAUAUCCAACAUUAAGCCCGAGAAAGCCACGGCAAACAACCACCAGUUCCAGAUGUUCACCUUUGACAAGACCACCAACUGCAAAGCCUGCAAGAUGUUUUUAAGGGGGACCUUCUACCAAGGCUACCAGUGUCUGAAGUGCAAGGCGGGUGCCCACAAGGAGUGCCUGGAGGUCAUCCCACCCUGCAAAUUCAGUUCUCCUGCUGAGCAGGAAACACCGAAUCUAGGUCCUAAAAUGGUGGCCCUCCAGAAUUACCAUGGGAACCCAGCUCCACCAGGGAAACCCGUGUUAACUUUCCAAAUGGGUGAAGUGAUUGAGCUGCUCCGAGGGGAACCGGACUCCCAGUGGUGGGAGGGGAGACUCGUCGUGUCCAAGAAAUCUGGCUAUUUCCCCAGCUCGUUGGUCAAGCCUUGCCCAGUGGACGCGCGGCCUCCCAACAGCCGCCCUCCUUCGCGAGAGAUGGACUAUUCCGUGUACCCCUGGUUUGCAGGUAACAUGGAGAGGCAGCAAACAGACAACCUCUUGAAGCAGCAUGUCAGUGGGACCUACCUGAUCCGGGAGAGGCCAGCAGAGGCCGAGCGCUUUGCCAUCAGCAUCAAGUUUAAUGAUGAAGUCAAGCAUAUUAAAGUUGUUGAAAAAGAUAACUGGAUCCACAUCACAGAAGCAAAAAAAUUUGAAAGCCUCUUGGAACUGGUGGAAUACUACCAAGGCCAUUCCCUGAAGGAGAGCUUCAAACAGCUGGACACAACACUGAAGUAUCCAUACAAAUCCCGGGAACGCUCUGCCUCACGAACCUUAGCUCGAUCACCGGCUGCCUGCGCUUCCUACAAUUUUUCCUUUCUCAGUCCUCAGGGCCACCACUUCACUUCUCAGAAUCCCUCCACUCCUUUUUGGUCAGUCUUCACUCCUCGGGCCGUCGGGACUGCAGUGGCGAGGUACAACUUUGCUGCCCGGGACAUGCGGGAGCUCUCCCUGCAGGAAGGGGACGUGGUGAAGAUCUACAGCCGGAUCGGCGGGGAUCAAGGCUGGUGGAAGGGAGAGGCCAAUGGCCGAAUCGGCUGGUUCCCUUCGACCUAUGUGGAGGAGGAGGGGGUGCAGUGAUGCCCACACUGGCAGGAGCUACUGUCCCUGAGGGCAGCCCCGGCCGUCUCUGGGCCUCCAAGGAAAACAGGACUGUUCUUCUUCCAGCACCGAGAAGAGCGCCUCUGUGGCCCACUCCCCAGUCCAUGGGGCAGAGUGCACGGGGGGCACAUGAAGCACAGCUGCUUCUUUCUCAUCUGUUCCCUGACACAGAAGAGCUGAACGCUGGAUAUUGAGACACGUCUGCAGAAAACCACGAAGCCUCUGGGGAAGGCAGGCAGGACCCAAUGGCCUGGCCAGAAGUGGCUGCACUACCAAGCCGUCUGAGGUGUGGAAGAUGGGCUUGGUGGUGUCUGAUCCUUGGGUGGGAUACGAGAAGAGAUGCUGGGGGUUUGGGAGUCACAGGAGGACAUUGCAAGGGGUGCCCUUGGCUUAGGAACUUUAGGGGGGGCUUCUGCAAGUCCCAGCGCCCACCAUGGUGGUGGGCUGUGGACCGACCGAAGUUGCCCUAAAUGUGAGUGGGCCCCUUUAUGAUCCAGAGGAAAGAGGAUCCCCAGACUGCUGGGGUUCUUCCUGAGCCUGUUGUGAAUCUGGGACUGGAAAGAAGGAAGUACACGCUAUGUGGGCGCACCCCACGGGCCCCACUGCUGCCUCUCCCUCUGUUGUGUGAGUCUCUCCUCCAUCAGUCCUGGGAGCCUGUCUGAGCUGGCUGCCAAAUGGACCCUGUGAACUCCAGGAGCCUCUGCUAGUCACACAACCAGUCAAGGUUGGCCUUCUCAGGGCCUGCCGGUUCCUGGUGGUGCUGCUGCCCUCUGAGUUAACCAGAAAGCCUUUGCAUUAUGCUCAUCCUGCUGGCAAAAUGGUUUCCAUCCACCCAGUGGCCCUCAGGGCUGGAGGAGCUUCUGCUCGGAGAAGGAUUAGUGUCCAAUAGAACAGAUGCUGUCCACAUGGAUGUCACAGAUGCGCGCAGAGCCCCGGCAAGGAUCUCUUGCCACAAAGGAGGAAUCGCUCUGCCUUUCGGACUUUGGGGAGAUCCACUGGCCGUGUCUAGGCCAUGAGGCAGCUUUUCCUUCCAAGCAUACAUCAGGGAGCCCUCUUGAGCACUGAGCGACUUCCCUGCUUUCCUCAGCUCUUUUGCAAAAGGCUUAGGUGCCAAGGGGCUGCAUGUGGGGCAGGGCCUUUCCAGGGGGCAGAGUCCAAGGUCUCCUGGAGGCUGCUGAGGGCCAUCUGCUGCUCCAAAGCUCCCUGAGAUUGGCACAGCAGCCCCUCUGCCUGCCUGCUCCCAGCAGAUCUGCAUUUGAGUGCCCAGGUGGGCCUGGGCCCCACAGCAGAUUUGCCUCCAUUUUACAGAGAGCCUCACCUGAAAUCAGCCUUGACUUCCUCUUGGCUCUUCCAGGCUGCUUCUGCCCUUUCACCCAUUGCAGACAGCCUGGCAAGCUCACAUUCCCUGAUGUGGAUGCCCCUUCAGAAAUGGGGUAGGCCCUAGGCCAGAGAGCAGGGAGAUCUUCCAAUCGUUCCUCUUUUCACGUACGGAAAUACCUACAUGUGGCGGAGAGGCAGAAAAUCACCCCCAUGGCUGAUCUCAAUAGAAUUGAUCAGCAGCUGGGUGGAUCCCUGUAGAACUCUUUGGGUCAUCAGGCAAAUCUUUCCCUAAGUGAGGGAGCUCAGCUGCCUAAACACCCCCCCCCCCACACUGAAGCAAGGGAGGGAGGUAGGUAGGUAGAAAGGAAGUAAGUCUGUCUGGCCUGCAAAAAAUCCCAGUGACCACUAGAUGGCAGAAGAGGGAGUUUCUGUAUUCUCUCUUUGCUGCUUCUCUAGGAGGCUGGAUAGGAUUCAGUGCUCUGAGCUGGGGCUGAGAGAGGUGCUUUGCAAAACCAGAACAGAAAAAUAUGCUACUCGUAUCUCCCAGACAGACCACUUGCCAGUUCCUCCUGAAGUCAGAAUUAGAAACAGGCAUCAGGGAGGACCCACCAUAACAUCCAGUGACAAUACACGCAGUAUGUCCCUACCCAGGCCUGAUCAGCUGGUCCCUUUUCCAUCUUGAAGACAGCCUCUUCUGUGCUACAGAUGCGGUAGAGGUUGCCAGGAACGGUCCAGGGUCUAGGCUUGAGGCACCUGCUAUCCACCUGUUGCAUCUUUUCCCUCUUUCUGGAUCCUUCCAGAAUUCCCCCCCCCCCCCAGUGGAUGCAGUAGUGGAAGAUGCAGGAGGAAUAGGAGGGGAUUGCGACCUUCUCUGUGGAGAAGUACAGAACAAAAGAAAGCUAACCACUGAGUCACCAUGACUGCAUUUUCUGUAAACUAAGUGAGGGGUGAGCUGGCCUGGUGGAGUAGUUAAAGCGAGGGAAUUGUUGGGCCAGGCCCGGGGGGCCGAGGGUGAAGCCCACUCCUCGCUGAGGGAGCUCUGGGAGACGAGGACACUCAUAUGCCUGUGCAGGAUUGUUGUGGAGAAGAGCCGGUGCUGUGGGCGUGGCUCGGAGGAAGGGCUGCCUCUGUUGCAGACACUACUUGUCUGAGCACGUGCAGAGGUUCAGCCCUUACAAAACUCCAUCGAAGUUGGAAGAGGCAUUUCUUCUCAAAAACAAGGGACCACAAUGCAAUUGUACUAUAAGAUGGUCCUUCUGGAGAAAAUCAAAAUAUUUGAUUGGAAAAAGGAAGGCUGUUUUUUGUUUGCUGAUGUAACAUUUCUUUUCCCCCCAGGAGGUGCUUGGUUUGUAAUUAAUUAUUCUCCCUAGCCACCCUAUUUGUGAAUAAGAAAAGGAUUUUUUAUUAAGAAGGCAAAAUAUUGUACAUAUAUUUUGAUUUUGCAAAAACAUUUUUAAAAGAAAUAUAAUAAUGGAAAAUAAAUAUGGACAACAUUCUGAUGUA